UUUGCAUGAAGAUCUUCCUCCAUCUGUUGAAGAAUUACAUAGGUGGCAAUAUGAACUAAUGAAUCUGAAACAAGGAAAUGAAAAGGUUGAGACCUAUGCAUCUAGAUUUAAGAAGCUAGCAAACAGAGUAGAUGCAGGAGGAAUUCCAAACGCCUUUAAAGUACGAAUGUUUUUAAGUGGAUUAAAUAAGGAACUAGCAACUUUAGUUGCAAUUCAAAACCCAGUUAAUUUAGAUGUCGCCAUUACUCAAGCUAAAACU